GCCGUGGAAAGCCCCCGCAACCCGGCGGGCGGCAAGGAUUCCACGAAUUGGAAUGACGGGGCUCUCCGGAUCUUCCUUUGACCGUGCGCGGCUAAACAGCGACAAACGGGAACAAGCGAGUGCCCAGAGGCGCCCGGCGCGGCUGAGGGGCCCGGGGGCGCGGCCUGCCUGCUCCGCCCCGCGUGACGUGACGCGCCGACCAGGAGCCAUGGCGGCGGAGCCGGAGGUCGGGCCGGACUUGCUGUGGGUGCGGGACCCGCUGUGGCCGCGGGCGCGGCCCCUCCCACUGCCCCCCGGGAGCGGCUCCGUGCGCUGCCUCCGCCGCGACCGCGCCCGGGAGCUGAACAUUCCUGAAGAAAGCUUGUAUGUGAAGUGUAACGGGCGACUGGCCAAUGAUGAAGAUGUGUUGCAAAGUGGAGCUGUUUAUAGUCUGGAGCCAAGACUUUGUGGUGGAAAAGGAGGGUUUGGGUCGAUGCUGCGAGCGCUUGGUGCUCAAAUUGAGAAGACAACAAACAGAGAGGCUUGCCGAGAUCUCAGUGGAAGAAGACUUCGAGAUGUCAAUCAUGAAAAAGCGAUGGCUGAAUGGGUGAAGAAGCAGGCAGAGAGGGAAGCAGAAAAGGAGCAAAGGCGCUUGGAAAGGCUGCAGCGGAAGCUGGCGGAGCCACGGCACACGUUCACAGACCCGGAGUACGAGCGGCAGUACCGUGAGAUGGCAGAGCGGCAGGAGGAGUCCAUCCGUAUAGGGUUGCAGGUUAUUGCCAGCAAAGCAGUGUCAUCAGAAAGUGGCAAGAGUCGGAAGCGUCCCGGUGAACCUGGAAAGAGUGGAACAAAAUCUGAAAAAAGAAAAUGUCUCUGGCUGGGCUUGGAUAAUGCCAACAAUUCAGGCUGUGAGGAUGACAACAAAGAUGAAUCCCCUUGUACAUCUGACAGAAGUUAUCCGUCAGGCACAAAUUCAGAUGAAUGUUCAAGCAGUGCUGUGGCUUCAGCAGAGGAUAGUCCUUCUACCAGUGCAGCUUCUGCUUCAGAAGAGGAUAGUCCAGCUACCAGUGCAGCUUCUGCUUCAGAAGAGGGUAGUCCAGCUACCAGUUCAACUGAGAAGAAACCACUGGAGCAGCCAGAAGGUACUGGAAGAGAUGUAAAAAGAGAGAUGUGCACAGGUGGGCAGACGGAAAUUCUGGCUGAAGAAAGUAGUAAAAUGACAAAGCCCCCGAAGGAAGAGGCCCAAGAAGAGAAAGAAGUGACCCAAGCUCAGAAACAAGAGGAGCUAGAAAAUGUUUCUUCUAAGGCACCAGAAACAAACCAGUUACAGAGCACAGAGGUGGAACCGAUAGACCUAUUGGCGUUCAACUCUGCUGCUGAAUUGGAAGCCCUGGGUUUAGAUAAGCUGAAGAUGGGAUUGAUGGCUUUAGGACUGAAAUGUGGAGGCACUUUGAAGGAAAGAGCAGCAAGGCUUUUCUCAGUGAGAGGUCUGUCUAGAGAUCAGAUCAAGCCAUCCUUAUUUGCAAAGCCCUCUAAAGGGAAAACUGCUGGUUAGAUUUGAGACUGUUUACCUUUUCGCAUGUGUACUUGAUGUCAUUAAAUAAAAGUUCUUGGUAUCCUUUCA